AUGCCCAACCGCCAGCCGCUGGGCGAUAUCGACCGCAAUACCCUGCCAGUUACGCCGCCGCAAAAGAAGCCUCGCGGCAAGACGGCUACUCUAAUAACCAAGCGAAGUUACGCUGCAGUAAAGCCAGCCCAGAGAUCGCAGCGAUCCUAUCGCCAACGCAAGCAAGUUGCUAUACUGAUAUACCUUAAGCACCACUGGUACCCUAUUAAGGCCUGGCCAGUUACAUCUCAACGGAAGGACGAUAUCCCUCUUGACCCUGCUAAUGGCCUUUGCCGCCCAACUUUUCGCGAGGCUGCCAAGCACUUUAAGUUCCUUCACUUCAACCAACGAGUUAGUCAGCCAGCACUGGCCCAGCUGCCCCUUGACCUAUCUGGCCUUCGAUUUCUAACCUAUUGCAUCAUUAACUUUGACGAGACCCCUAUACCCUUCAAGUAUCUCAAUGGGUCAACGUGGGCUGAUAAGGGCGCCUGUACCGUUGCUGGCAAGACCGAUCACAGCGGCUGGAGCAAGCGCCAAGCCACCCUUAUCCUUUAUAUCUUUGCCGAUGGUAUCCAACGUAUCCUGCCUAAGCUUAUCUUUCACAGCAAGCCCAGCAGUCAAGGCGGUCAGAUUGAGGGCAACGAAGGCAAUAAGUACAGCAGCUAG